CCUUUAAGUGGGCUUAAAAGUCAAACUUCCGGUAGAUUGAUACCACCAGCUAGCUAGCUAUAUUGUAUCAGUAACAACAGAAGAGGCUCGCAUACGAAAGGGAAUCUAGCUACUGUAGCUAGAAAGAAUCGAAACCCACCCGACCAGUCUUUGACAGGGACAGCCAUGGUCAAGAUCACUUUCCAGUCCGUCGCGGGACAGAAAGCCGAGAAAGAGCAGAAUGAUGGCGACAAGACCGACAUUCUCAUAACCCAUCCAAUGGAGGAUGAGGAGGAGCUGGUUCUGCCUCUGCGCUCAGGGAGAUCUCCUCUGAAUGGCCUAUGCUGCCUGACCUUUGGCCUGGUGGUCUUCAUGUCUGGUCUGGUGUUGGCCUCCAUCUAUGUCUACCGCUACUACUUCAUACCGCAGAUCCCAGAGGAGAGUCUGUUCCACUGCAGGGUUCGUUAUGAGGACUCUGUGUAUGCCCCUCUGAGAGGCAGACAGGAGCUGGAGGAGAACGUGGGCAUCUACCUGGAAGACAACUAUGAGCAGAUCAGCGUGCCUGUGCCCCACUUUGGAGGAAGCGACCCUGCUGACAUCAUCCACGACUUUCACAGGGGACUGACUGCCUACCAUGACAUCGCUCUGGACAAAUGCUAUGUCAUCGAGCUCAACACCACCAUCGUUAUGCCCCCACGGAACCUCUGGGAACUGCUGGUCAAUGUUAAGAAGGGGACAUACCUGCCCCAGACCUACAUUAUCCAGGAGGAGAUGUUUGUGACAGGGAGGGUUCACAACAUGCGCCAGCUGGGGCCCUUCAUCUACCGCCUGUGUAACGGCAAGGACACAUACCGCCUGAAACGCCGCGCCCGCAGACGCAUCAACAAACGGGAAGUGGCGAACUGCCAUCGCAUCCGCCACUUUGAGAACACGUUUGUGGUUGAGACGGUCAUCUGUGAUGGAGUGUAAACUGUUACCUCAGCUUGACCUUCUGGCACGACACCCUAAGGCACAGCCACCUCUCCAGCCACUGUAGCGCAUCCCUGUGUAGAUACUUAGAAUGACCUUUCAGUUGCACUUUAACUAUGGUUUUGUUAUUUUUUUCCAUAUGUUUAACUCUUCUUUAUAAACACACUGUUUAUUUUAGGAAUUGUCAGUAGUGAGGUUUUCCUUGUGUUUCCUGGUUGCAAUAAUACAUGUUUUUCUCUGUAAUUUACCUUGGAUGAAAUAGUUUCAUGUAGCAGAACCACUAAGCCAAUUAUGAUGGGGAGGUUUUUCCACUUAAGAGAACUGUGACGGCCUUGGUUGUCAGGGAAGACAACAGUUUCCAAGUGUUGUCAUGGCGACAACUUGAUUUCCCUGCUCUUGAAAUUACUGCGCGUGUGAAAUCCUGCUACUGUCAGCCACCACCGGACCUAAUGUUGUCGCAUCGCCCCCUCAUCUUUCUCUUGCUCUGUCGCACUGUUUGUCUGUCACGACCCCCCCCCCCCCCCCCCAGCACACCUCAUGCUUCUCUUUUGUAUCUCUUCUUCUUUAGCUCAGUCACCCUAUCAAAGUAAAGGAAAACAUGAAUGUGAGUUUAAGAACCCUACAAAGAGAGUUAAGAACCAGUGUCCCUACAAAGUGAAGUAGACAAGUUGGCCAUUAUUAGUCUUUGUGUGUUUGCACCUGUAUGUAAGGCCUCAAAAGUAUAGAAUCAUGUACAUGAUACUUAAUGUAGUUAUGUAAUAUUAUACCAGAUUAUUUCCAGCCAAGCUGCCCUUCUCCCUGUGAACGUGUCAGAAUGUUUCUCCCUCCUUAUUGAUGCCCCUCUCAUCACCUCUUAUUGUGUAUAUUUCAGGGGAGGUUGAGCUUCUCCCCCUUCAUUUGCACUCUUUAUCAAGGCUUUUGUGAGUCAUUCUAGUAGAAUUCUGUCAUUUAUUUUUCACCCUGCAUGUGUGUUUCUCUAAGGAUAAACCGCACUGUUAGAAUCUUUUCUAAGAGCACGUUUAAAGCCUUGGUCCAGAGUCAGAGACUGGACUAAAGUAAUGAUUGCUGUGAGGGAGUUUAUUAUAUCAUAUGCUAAUAUAUACCUUAGACAGGUCUGUAUAUUUUGUCUGCUGGUGAAGUCUUCUCUGUGAAUAAAGUAGUUAAAACACCCA